AUGACUAGAACUCGAUCGUCCUGGGUACCAGCCCUGCUGCUCAUGAGUGCAACGGUCACUCAGGCAGUACUUGAUCUUCACAAUACUCACAUACGAACCGAAGUCUCGGGCAGACGUAUCGACAAUUUGGUAUCGGGACUCGACUGGCAACGACGGGAUACAGAGGCACUCAACGUACCUGCUGCCGAGCAAGCCAGUGCACUGGACAAUGGAAACAUUGCCGCCAGGCUUGCACAGAACGGCCUCGACGCAAACGCCUUGUUGAAUGGGCUCGCGCAAGGCCAAGGACAAGGCCAAAGGAGUGGCAACAGAGAUAUUAACACGAAUGAUGUCGGUGGAGACCUCGCAAACCAGAUUGCCGGUGGGGGCUCCACGAGCGUUGACGACAUCCUCAUUGGGCUUAAUGGGCAAAAGCAGAGUCCAUCGACAAACCAGACCAGCAACCCGCAGCCGCAGGGCCAGAGUGGUGCGCAAGGAACGACACAGGGUGCCAACCAAGGAGCAGCAGGUGGCAUCAAGUCGAGCGACAUUGCUGGAGAUCUUGCAAACCAGCUGGCCCCCAAACCCGGUUCUAGUCAGAGUGGCAGCGCCGAUAUUGCUGGAGAUCUAGCGAAUCAACUCGCACCAAAUGGACAAGGCCAACUACCAUCCCAGUCUGGAGCACCACAAAAUGGGAGUAACUUUCAAACUAUUCAGAUAGUUCAGACUAUCGUCACUCAACCCAAUGGCCAGGAGAUUGCAGCAACGCUUGUCGAAGCACCGCCGCAGGGAGCAGCCGAAACGACACCUCCCGCUGGAGAAGCGCCGGCAGCAGCAUCGCCAUCAGCCCCAGCUGAAGCAACGUCAGCAUCGUCACCAGCGGCCGGAGAAGCCACUGCCAUAUCGUCAUCAACCGCCGUAAAAGCACCAGCUGAAGCAUCUGCUUCAUCACCGGCAGAGGCAGAGGCACCAACUACGUUGUCUUCAGCUAAAGGGGAAGCACCUGCAGAAGCAGCACCGGCAUCGUCACCAGCCAAGGGAGAAGCAUCAGCUUCGUCAUCAGCUGCCGAAGAAGCCUCAGCUACAUCGUCGAAGGCUGCGGCCGAGGCACCAGAGGCAGCCACUGCAUCAGCAUCGUCUGCCGCUGUCGAGAAGCCGACAGAGGCGUCCGCUUCCUCCAAGGUGGUAAAGACAGUCUUCCCCGCUGGAAAGUCAGCUCUGCCAAAAGUGACCCCUAUUCCCUGGACGAAUGCGCCUUCCCAGAUGGGAGGUAUGGCUGCUGGAAACUCAAGCAGCAUGGGUGCUAAGGGGGCCGCUAUGCCCGCUGCUGAGCCUAUGCAGACAGCCAGUCUAGCGGAAAGCAAGAACUCUACUGGUUCGGCAGCCGCCAUGGCACCUGCAGCUGCUGUGACUGUAUCGGCCGGAUCAGAGCCCGCAGCUGGCGCUCAAGGUGCUUCAAAUUCCACUUCCGCCAGUACUGCAGCGAUCGACUCGGCCAAGCUUACGGCCGGAGGUCUUGCUGCAACGACAACAACUGCAGUAGGCAUGGCAGUCACAGUCAAAGCCGAUGGAAACAGUACUGCUGGAGUUGCCAGCGCUUCUGGUGGAGGUGGAGCAGCAGCCGCGAUUACGGUUGUCGCCGGCUCAGGAUCUGGAACGAACGGUACUGCAUCCUCGGGUGGUGCAGCAGCCGCGGUCACUGUUGUCGCAGGCGGAGGAAGCAAUGGGACCGCCGCCGGCCUCGCGGGAGCUACAACUACCACAAAAGCUGCGGCUGCAGUCACCGUCGUCGCAGGAUCUGGUGGUGCAGCCGCUGCUACAGCAGCUUCUCAAUGCAACUGCGCUUGCAUGUGUCCGGCUGGAUCUUUCCCCAUGUCUGCACCACAGGCCCAGCCCUUCCAACUAGGAUCCAUGAGCAGCGCGCCAACAAUGAGUCAAAGUACCAUGCAGACUGUCGUGGGCAGUGCGGUAACUGUUGAGGCCGGGGGUUCACCACCCCCUGGAGCACAGCAGGCUGCUUCGACAAGCUCAAGCAGCACCGUAGCUAUCGACUCGGCUACACUGACUCGGCCUGGCCUUGUCGCAGGAACCACGACCAGUGCGGCUGGAGCGGGUGUUACUAUGAUGGCUAGCGGAUCUGCUUCUGCUUCUGCUUCUGCUUCUUCGGCGGCUGCAACAUCAUCAUCUGCAAGUGUAACACCAUCUGUCGAGGUAUCGCUUGCACCAGCAGCUUCUUCCUCUCCUGCAAAAGCAACAACAAGCGCGCAGGCUCAGAGUCAAGUUGCAGCCGGCGCCCCUGCGCCAACGCCCGUUGAAGAGCCCCUACCUUUCGAUAUCAGCACUGUUGCGCUACAGAGUCGUGUCACGGUGAAUCUCGGAAGGAGGUUGGUGAAGCCGACGCCGGAGGUUCAGGCAGCGAUGUGGUGGUGGUAG